UUUUGAUUUAAAAUAUUUUCACUUUUGAAUUUUAAUGUUCCUUGUUUCUAUUUUUCACUAAUUUCCUAAUUUAUGUUUUUGGGACUGCCUUUUUUGGCUAACAGAUGAUGUGCGAUGUUUUUCACGCGUCUCCAUUUGCCACAACGAUAUCAAUAAAAAAGCUAAUCAUUGAUUAGUGAAUACUAAUUAGUUACUGUCUGGAUUGUACUAGUGACAGCUCUAAUCCCGUCUGAAAUCAAAUGAUUUGACUUACUAACCACCAAAAUGCCGGUCCAAGCGUGGUUAUGUAUUGUAUGUGUCACCAAAAACAUCUAUGUACAUCAAUAAAUAAAGAAGUUUCUUUCUGUUUUGUGCCUUUUCAUAUUUCACAGAUUUUAGCUGGCAAAAGUUUUUUCUUUAUAACAUCUAUUAGCAACAACAUCAGUAACAGCAACGAUGAUAGCAACAACAACAUCAGCCAUAACAACUGCAACAACAACAACAACAGCAGUGACAGAUUCUGCUACUCAGUUAUCAAGCAACAACAACAACAACAACAGCUGUUUGCACCACAACAACCAUCUGAAUGAGGACAAACAUGAAACAGAAACCAGUAGCAACACUGCUAACAACCACAACAGCUGCAACUCUGAUGUCAACAUCCACAUUAACAACAUUCUGGACUCCAAGGAAAUUCCGCCUAAUUCCCUAAUCAGUAGAAACAUGGACCCCCCCGAUGGCGGCUGGGGAUGGGUGAUUGUGGCUGCUUCUUUUUAUUGUUGUGGUAUAGUUGAUGGUUUUGCAUCAGUUGUAGGUGUCUUGCUUCCACGUUUAGUUGAACAUUUCGUCGAUUCAAAUCAUUCACAAGUGGCUCUGGUUGGAUCCCUCUAUGCUGGCAUGUUCCUCAUGUCAGGCAUAGUAGCCAGUAGCUUCAUAGCUUACCUGGGUUGCCGACGGACGACGAUCAUUGGAACUGUCAUCGCAACAAUCUCAAUACUGCUCAGCACUACUGCCACUAAUAUCUAUGUUUUUAUAUUGUUCUUUGGUGUUAUUGGGGGUUUCGGCAUCGGCCUGAUCUAUUCACCAGCCUCUGUCAUGGUGAACUACUACUUCUUGCACCGGCGAGGGACAGCCAAUGGGGUUGCUUGUGCUGGGGCCGGUGCCGGCAUUCUCAUUUUGUCUCCACUGGCCGAUUUUCUGUCAAAUCAUUACGGGUGGAAGGGGUGUCUGUGGAUUAUGGCCGGGCUGGGAUUGCAAUGCGCCGUCUGUGGAGCCCUUAUGAGACCGUUAAAACCAUCUAGACGAAAUCGGGGAAUUAGUGAAUCGUUCAUUACGGUCGACCAUGCUUUCGUGCAGUUGCUGAACAAGAAACACAGUGAGGCCACAUCUGGCAGUCGUCUGAUGAGGUCUCAUUCGAGGAUGGUCGUUCUGAAUCCUCUGAAUAGGUUGGAUGCAUUUUAUACUGGCAGCAUAUCUUCCCUCCAUCGACUCUCUCACAAGAACAGCAUUAGUAAUAGUUCACAGCUUCAGUUGCAACACCAAAAGACUGCAGCGACUAUACAAGACUCGAAUAACAUCUCGGCGACAGACAUGAGAAACAAAUGCCUUUCAACUUUAAGUCGAUUCUUCGACAUCCGUCUGUUCUCGAGUGCCUCAUUCCUCAUCAUCAACGUCAGCUGCAUAUUCAUACAACUUGCUUUCUUCGUCCCCAUACUCUUUCUAACUGAUUAUGCUCAAAAGUUAGGAUUCAGUGCAAAUCAAGGAGCGCUGCUUCUAUCAAUUCUAGGUGGGAGCAACAUGAUUGGCCGAGCAUUUGGCGGCAUACUUGCCUCGAUAAGUUUUGUAAACAUUCUACACCUCAACUGUUUGAGUUUGAUCGUCGCUGGCUCUUUGACUGCUAUGUUGUCUAUGUUCACCUCCUUCAAUUUUUUGCUAUUCUAUGCUAUUUCGUUCGGGUUUUUUGUCGCAUUCUUCAUUCCACUGACACCGAUGUUUUUAGUGAAAUAUCUGGGACUUGAGAACCUCACUAAUUCAUUUGGCAUGCUCUGCCUAAUUAAGGGAGUGGCCACCAUGGUUGGACCCCCCAUUGCUGGUUGGAUUGCUGCCUAUUUGUUGAUGCUUCGUAAUUGGAAAAGUGUUUGA